ACAACACGUAUUUCUCAUAUAAUUUAGAUACAUACAUAAACACUUCUUAUGCAUUCUCAUCCUUGUAAUUCCCUUCUCUCCCAACCGAAGAAACCAAUAGUAUAGCUGAUUGGAGGCAAUAAAAAAGAGUUGUUAAAGAAAAACAGGAGAUGAAUGCAGGGAAUCAGAAGGUGCCAAUAUACAAGCUGUUUGCUUUUGCAGACAGACUUGAUAUGGUUUUGAUGAUUGUAGGCACAGUUUCUGCCAUUGGUAAUGGGCUUGCUCAGCCUCUUAUGACUCUUCUUUUUGGUCAGCUUAUCAACUCCUUCGGCACAACUGACCCUUCUAAUGUCGUGCAUGAAGUGUCAAAGUUAUCUCUGAAGUUGGUGUACUUGGCUAUUGGUUCAGGCAUAGCUUCCUUACUACAGGUUGCAUGCUGGAUGGUGACUGGAGAAAGACAGUCUGCUCGCAUCCGAGGUUUGUACUUGAAAACAAUUUUAAGACAAGACAUCGGAUUCUUUGACACUGAAACAACAACCGGUGAGGUCAUUGGAAGAAUGUCAGGCGACACUGUUCUCAUUCAAGAUGCCAUGGGUGAGAAGGCUGGGAAAUUUAUACAAUUAGCAUCGACAUUUUUGGGAGGCUUUAUAAUUGCUUUUGCAAGAGGAUGGCUACUUUCAUUUGUUCUACUAAGUUGUAUUCCUCUUCUUGUAAUUGUUGGUGGAUUCAUGGCAAUUGUCAUGUCAAAAAUGUCAAGUCGUGGGCAAGUUGCUUAUGCAAAAGCAGGAAAUGUAGUUGAACAAACAGUUGGAGCUAUCAGAACAGUUGCAUCCUUCACAGGGGAGAAGCAUGCUAUACAAAAGUAUAAUGAAAAGUUAAAGAUAGCAUAUCAAUCUACUGUGCAACAGGGGCUGGCCUCAGGUGUAGGAAUUGGAUCAAUGCUGCUUGUCGUCUUUGCCACUUAUGCACUUGCCAUAUGGUACGGAUCCAAAUUGAUCAUACACAAAGGUUAUAAUGGUGGGCAAGUCAUCACUGUUAUUAUGUCCAUCAUGACAGGUGGAAUGUCAUUGGGUCAGACUUCUCCAUCCUUGAAUGCAUUUGCAGCAGGUCAAGCUGCAGCCUAUAAGAUGUUUGAGACCAUCAAUCGAGUUCCAAAAAUUGAUGCUUACGACACUGACGGGAUGGUAUUGGAAGAUAUCAAGGGUGAUAUUGAACUCAAAGAUGUGCAUUUCAGAUACCCUGCCAGGCCCGAUGUUAAGAUCUUUGCAGGAUUUUCACUGCAAAUUCCAAGUGGAAAAACUGCAGCUUUAGUCGGGCAAAGUGGAAGCGGGAAGUCAACUGUUGUUAGCCUUAUUGAACGAUUUUAUGAUCCUGAUUCAGGUGAAGUGCUUAUAGAUGGUGUUAAUUUGAAGAAGUUGAAGCUCAGUAGGAUAAGAGAGAAGAUUGGACUAGUUAGUCAAGAACCUAUUUUGUUUGCAACUAGCAUAAAACAGAACAUUGCAUAUGGAAAAGAAAAUGCAACUGAUCAGGAGAUUAGAACAGCAAUUGAGCUUGCUAAUGCUGCCAAGUUCAUUGAUAAAAUGCCUGAGGGACUUGACACAAUGGUAGGUGAGCAUGGUACUCAGUUGUCAGGAGGUCAAAAGCAAAGAAUUGCCAUUGCAAGGGCCAUAUUGAAGAAUCCAAAAAUUCUUCUUCUUGAUGAAGCAACAAGUGCACUAGAUGCUGAAUCUGAACGCAUUGUCCAAAACGCACUAGAGAAUGUUAUGAGCAGCAGGACAACUGUGGUUGUUGCACAUCGUUUAACUACUAUCAGGAACGCUGACAUUAUUGCUGUGGUGCAUUUGGGCAAAAUUGUGGAGAAAGGAACCCACGAGGAGCUGAUACAGUAUCCUGAAGGAGCAUACUCCCAACUAGUUCACCUCCAAGCGGGAGCUAAGGAAUCUGAAAGCUCUCAACACAUGAAUGAAGAUGAUGAUUCAGGAAUGGAUAAGCCUAUUUUAAGGUCAGGAAGCCUGAGAAAUUCUUUGCAACUAUCUAUGGAACGUGCUUCAUCGCAGCAUCGGCAGUCUUUCACAGUUAGUAACAUAGGUUUAGGGAUGCCUGUUGAUAUCAAUUUCAUUGAGACGGAAGAGCAUGAUGAGAGCAGUAAAGGAAAGGACAAGCAUAAAGAAGUUCCAAUGAGACGGCUUGCAUAUCUGAACAAACCUGAGUUGCCAAUUCUGAUCCUUGGAGCUAUUGCUGCAGCUAUACAUGGUACUGUUUUCCCAAUAUUUGGCCUUUUACUAUCAACAGCCAUCAAAGUGUUUUACGAGCCUCCACCACAGCUGAAAAAAGAUUCCGAGUUCUGGGCAUUGGUGUAUAUAGGCAUUGGUUUCAUUAAUUUCCUAGUUCUACCAGUGCAGAACUACUUCUUUGGAAUUGCAGGAGGUAGAUUGAUUGAAAGAAUUCGUACUAUGACAUUUGAAAGGGUAGUGCACCAAGAAAUCAGUUGGUUUGAUGAUCCUGCAAACUCAAGUGGUGCAGUUGGGGCAAGAUUAUCAACUGAUGCUUCAACUGUUAGAAGUCUUGUUGGUGAUGCUUUGGCCUUAAUUUUUCAAAAUAUAGCAACAAUCGUAGCAGCACUAAUUAUAGCAUUCACAGCCAACUGGAUUCUGGCCCUUGUAAUUGUUGCAGUCUCACCCUUACUUCUGUUCCAAGGAUUUAUUCAGGCAAGGUUUGCAAAGGGGUUCAGCGCAGAUGCAAAGGUAAUGUAUGAAGAAGCAAGUCAGGUCGCAAAUGAUGCAGUUGGCAGCAUCAGAACUAUUGCAUCAUUUUGUGCAGAGAAGAAGGUGAUGGAUUUGUACCAACAGAAAUGUGAUGGUCCUGUCAAACAAGGUGUUCAGCUUGGACUUGUUAGUGGUGCUGGUUUUGGUUUCUCAUUCUUUGUUCUCUACUGCACAAAUGCUUUCUGUUUUUACAUAGGAGCUCUUCUUGUGAAACAUGGGAAAGCAACAUUUCCAGAAGUUUUCAAGGUCUUUUUCGCAUUGACAAUUGCAGCAGUUGGGGUUUCCCAAUCCAGUGGCCUGGCUCCAGACAAAAGCAAAGCCAAGGAUUCAACAGCUUCAAUAUUUGCCAUUCUUGAUAGAAAACCCAAAAUAGACUCGAGCAGUGAUGAAGGCACUACACUUGCAAAUGUAAAGGGUGAUAUCGAACUCGAACAUGUCAGUUUCAAAUACCCAAUGAGACCACAUGUUCAAAUUUUCAGAGACUUAACCCUCAGUAUCCCCUCUGGGAAGACAGUUGCUUUGGUAGGGGAGAGUGGCAGUGGGAAGUCAACAGUAAUUAGUCUCGUAGAGAGAUUUUAUGAUCCUGAUUCUGGCAAAGUUUAUUUAGACGGUGUCGAAAUCAAGAAGUUCAAACUAAGCUGGUUGAGACAACAAAUGGGAUUAGUGGGGCAAGAACCAAUACUCUUCAAUGAAACCAUCCGUGACAAUAUUGCUUAUGGCAAGCAAGGAGAUGUUACUGAGGACGAGAUAAUAGCAGCAACAAAAGCAGCUAAUGCACACAACUUCAUCAGUUCAUUACCACAGGGAUAUGAAACUUCUGUAGGUGAACGAGGAGUGCAACUAUCGGGUGGACAAAAGCAGAGAAUAGCCAUCGCCAGAGCAAUACUAAAGAAUCCAAGAAUCCUCUUGCUUGAUGAGGCGACGAGUGCAUUGGAUGCAGAGUCAGAGCGUGUAGUGCAAGAAGCAUUAGAUAAAGUAAUGAUUAACAGAACCACUGUAAUUGUUGCCCACCGUCUUACUACCAUAAAAUGUGCUGAUAUCAUUGCUGUAGUGAAGAAUGGAGUGAUUGCUGAGAAAGGAAGACAUGAUGCACUCAUGAAGAUUGAUAAUGGCACUUACGCUUCCUUGGUUUCACUUCACAUGAGUGCAACUUAAGAAGAAAGGAAGUUUUCUGAUUCCUUUUGGCUGCUCACAGAGAAAAGUUGAAAGCAUACAGAAAGUUCUUGAAUUAAGAACAGCUAUUUAUUAAUCUACCACGUCACUGUAAUUUGCAUACAUCCAAUCACGCAGAGAGAUCAGAAAGUUGGAAAAAAAAAAAGUGAAGCAGUUUUGAGUACAAAGAGAAUAAUUUUGCUGUUGUACUUCUG